AGAAGUGGAACGUAGCUUCCAGGCUAAACAACAAAAUACGCAUAAGCCAUGGAGACCAACCAGGAAUCCUCACUCUUCCUGGUGAAGAUUUUGGAAGAGCUGGAUACUAAGCAGAAUACCGUUUCUUAUCAGGAUCUCUGCAAAUCACUGUGUGCGAGGUUUGAUCUGUCCCAGUUGGCCAAGCUCAGAAGCGUGCUGUUUUACACCGCUUGCCUGGAUCCUAAUUUCCCAGCGACUUUGUUCAAAGACAAAAUGAGAUGCACUGUAAACAAUCAGCAAUCAAAGAAAAUCAUGGUUGCAGCAGAUAUAGUAACAAUAUUCAACCUUAUACAAAUGAACGGGGGAGUGGCCAAGGAAAAACUUCCAGUUGCAAGGCAGAAAGUGAAGAAGAAAGAAUCAUUUGAGUCCUGUAGAUCUGACACGGAAAUCUGCAAUAUGGCAGACUGCGUGCCUAACUGUGAGCUGAACGACCAGGAAUUUAACAGGGGCUUUUCAGCCAGAAGGUCUUCAAAAUGUAGAAAGAUGGAUUGCAAAGACUGUCAACAAUUUGUUCCCUCAUCAGAACCAAACUUUUUACUUGGCGUUAAUAAGGAGAUGAAGGGCCGGGCUGCCUCUCUGGACAGGCUGCAGGCUCUAGCGACCUACUCCAUUGCCACGUCUCCGCCAUGCGAGAUGCAGAGCACGUAUUUCCCAAUGAACAUUGAAAAUGAAUCUAUUUCAGACCAGGACUCCUUGCCUAUAAGUGCAGGUAUAAAAGAAACCUUCAUUUCAAACGAUGAGCCGUUUGUGAUGCAGUCGUGUGUCCAGAAAAGAAAUAUAUUCAAAGAAGAUUUUCAUAAUCUGAUUACCAUAUCUCCCAGCUUAAUACCAUCCAAUAAAAAGCCAGAAGAUGGACACAGAGAGCCUCAGAACAGGAAAGAAAGCGCUAAGCAGACUUUCUUCAACCACAGCUUUGAAAUGCCCUACAGCAGUCAGUACUUGAAUCCAGUUUAUUCUCCUAUACCAGACAAAAGACGAGUGAAACAUGAAAGUUUAGAUGAUCUUCAAGCUUCAACAUAUUUUGGCCCUACUACUGUUCUCGGGCCUCAGGACACCAAAAAGUGGACUGGAAAGCCAAGCAAACAAACUGCCUGGCCAGCUAAAAGCUGGAGUUUAAAUACUGAGGAGGUACCUGAUUUUGAACGAUCCUUUUUUAAUAGGAAGCAGUCUGAAGAGAAGCCGCGAUACCAGAGUUCAAACUGCCCAUCCCCAAACUUUCCUCCAGCUGACAGGCAUCAGUCCUAUCUAAACACCAAGGAUCAGCAACCAAUUAUGCAGGCAAACUAUGCUGUGAAACAAAAUGGACAUAAACCCAAGGAGAUUCCUUCUAUUCUAGAUGUGGAGAAACAUGAGCCAGUCAAAAAGUUCAAGGAUAAAAGCAUUAAUUGUACUUCUGUUCAGAUCUUAAGCAUUGACCGAACCACAAGUGUUGGGACACAAACGGAGCAGCAAGUUCUGGACCACAAAAAAUGCAAGGAUUUGUGUGCACCGAGCCAAGCCAAGUAUGGAGAGCGACACUCUCUAAAGCAGUCGGAUGAUGACUCUGAAAUUGUGAGUGAUGAUAUCAGUGACAUUUUCCGUUUUUUGGAUGACAUGAGUAUCUGCGGAUCCACAGGAGUGAUGCAGUCUUCAUGCUACAACAGCACCGGUUCCUUGUCUCAGGUACAUAAAUCUGACUGUGAGAGCUCACCUGAGCAUAAUUUGACUAAAAUCUCCAAUGGGAAUGUCAGCAACAAAUUAGAUAAAGUGGUCCGGGCAGAUAUCAGUAAUACAGAUGAUGAACUGAAAACGAGUGUCUGCAAAUUAGUUUUGAGGAUUGGUGAAAUAGAAAAGAAACUGGAAUCUCUCUCAGGUGUCCGAGAAGAAAUCUCCCAAGUCCUGGGAAAAUUAAGCAAGUUGGAUCAAAAAAUUCAGCAGCCAGAGAAGGUCAGCGUACAAAUAGAUCUUAAUUCUUUGACAAGCGAGGCUGCAUCAGAUGAGAGUAACUCCCCCCAGAUAUUUCAGUGUCACAACACUCCUCAUGGAGGUAAACUGGAGAAUAACCCAGAAUGGUGCUGUUCAGAUGCCAGUGGAAGUAAUAGUGAGAGUCUUCGAGUAAAAGCCUUAAAAAAAAGUUUAUUUACUAGGAGGUCAUCAAGAUCAUUAACAGAAGAAAAUAGUGCAACUGAAUCCAAAAUAGCAAGUAUUUCAAACUCUCCCCGAGAUUGGAGAGCUAUUACUUAUACCAACCAAGUUGGCAUUACAGAAGAAGAGAUGAAAGAGAGAGAUGGAGGAGAAAAUAAGGACUGGCACAGGAAAUCUAAAGAGGCAGACAGGCAAUAUGAAAUCCCACAGCCACAUAGACUCUCUAAACAGCCAAAAGAUGCUUUCUUGAUUGAACAAGUGUUUAGUCCUCAUCCAUACCCUGCAUCACUCAAGUCACACAUGAAGAGCAACCCGCUCUACACAGAUAUGAGGUUGACAGAGCUGGCUGAAGUGAAACGCGCCCAGCCAUCGUGGACCAUAGAGGAAUAUACAAGGAACUCGGGGGAUAAAGGCAAAAUUGCAGCAUUGGAUCUACAAACUCAAGAAUCUUUAAACCCAAACAACUUAGAAUACUGGAUGGAAGACAUUUAUACUCCUGGCUAUGAUUCCUUAUUAAAACGCAAGGAGGCCGAGUUCAGAAGAGCAAAGGUCUGCAAGAUAGCUGCCCUGAUAGCAGCGGCAGCUUGUACGGUUAUUCUGGUCAUUGUAGUUCCCAUUUGUACUAUGAAAUCCUGACUCUGCGGACAGACCUGUGACUCCCACCUGUGUGUAUUUCAGAUAGCUCGUGCUGUGUUUCAAACGUCUGAUGGCACAACUGUAACGAAUUUGCUGUGGAAGAAUGUCCUGAGGAUAUCCUGAAUGUCGUAAUCGUAGAAAAAAACAACAAGAAAAACACUUUUUGAGAAGUAUUAUUUUAAAUAACAAACCAUGCGGCAGAGUUAUGGGAACGUGGUUCAAUUUUUAUGCAUUUUUAAAAGUGCAAUACUUUUUUCCUAAAGAAACUAUAUAAUGUUUUACAGAAUCAGAAACUGAUGAGAAUCCAGGCAAAAGAGGAAGGUUGUCUGAGCUAUGUUGCAUUUACCGGAGGUGUGAGUACGGGGAGGUGGCACUGUAUAGAGGGGAAUGUUCUAUAUGCAUUACAUCAGGGAGCUAAGAAAGUCUGAAAGCUCUCUACAAUUUAGAAAACUCUGAAUGUAUUUUAUUUGUUUUAUAAUAUUUAUGUCUUUCAUGAUCAUUUGACUACAAGCAGACUGUGUAGCCAUGAACAGAGUUAGCUGCUAUGUUCAGAUUAAAAAGGGCUCUUUAUAUUUGGUCUUGCCCUAAGACCCACUUUAUCAUCACGGAGUACUUAGAUAAGUGCAAUGUGCUGCAGACCAAAAAGAUUAUGUUUUAAAGCAAUCAAAAGAAGGUUUCAGUUGCUUUUGUUGAAUAACAUUUGCAUAGAGCUGGCAAACACGCCUUGCUAAAAGGGUAUUCUUUACCUCCGCAGACAGCGAAAUUCUCUCAGUUUCACUCCUGUCAGUGAGCAGAGCUGGCAAAUUCGAGCAACGCUCUGUUACAGUUCUUGUAAAUGUAAUCUGAGCAGUUAUAAUUUUGUCACAAAGUCUUUGUGCCUUUUUUUAGACCAUAGAUUAAAUAGAACUGUUUAAUUUUGCUAUUUUAAACCCAUAGCAUAAAUCACAGCGUAAUGGGUACUAAUGGAGGUUCUUUUCCCGCAAGCCUUCUAUACGGUUCAGAGUGCUUCUCAAAUAGCAGGGGCUGGUGGUUACUGAGCACUUAUAUUAAGGGCACAGUUUUUCAGCUCUAGUGGAAACUUGCUAUUAAUGUAAUGCAUUCUGCAGAGAGUCCUUUUGCUUCCCUAUUGUUAAUGUACUUAAGAAUGAUGGUUGCCUCUACUGGACAGCAAGCAGUCUGUAUCCCCUGAGAAACAUCCACUUAAUGCUUCAUCCCAAAUGCAAAUAGCAGGUUAAAAGGAAUUCUCAAGUUAUGACAGAAAUUGCCUACCAUGGCUGCUGAAAGCAAAUACCCGGACAAUAUUUCUCUUAUGCAAAUUAGAGAUUAAAAAAAAAAAAAAAAGUUAAAAAAAAUUUUUUCAGAAAAUAAUGUGAUCUUGCUGGUCCUCUAAGGAGAAGGAGACUCUUCUAGUCAAUGCUCUUUACCUAGGAUAAUUUGAUUUCUUCAGAAGCAGCCCCCCUACAUGAUCACACAGCAGCUAUUCCCGUUCCCUGGCUCUCCAGCUGCUGGGGCUUUCUGGGAUGAGCCACAUUCGCUCUUUGUUUCUGGCUGAUUUAAAAACAAGAAAGAAAAGAGAAAGAAGUGAAAAGGGGUAUGUGGGAGGCGAAGGCUUUGUUGUGACUUUAGAUUUGUGUCAUUUCUUUCUUGCAGCCGGAGCGCCGUUUAUGCACUGCUCAUGUGCUAUGUUUUAUUUAGGAGUAGGUGAUCCCUGGUCCCACUGAUCUAUCAGCAAAAGAACUGUAAGCACAGGGUUGGGUGUUACGUUAGCAAAUACACAACGGGGAUAACCCCCUAGUCCCAAACCUGCACUUGCCUGGCUUGAAUCCUGACCCAAAUUCUGUGGCCUGGGCCCCUUCCUAGUACCAAGAUUUCUCUUUCCUUCCAGAUGCUGCAGGGUGGAGUCGCAGCAGCGGGGGGUCAUUCACACUGUCUGUUUUAGGCCUUCGGUUAUGGAAUAAUUCAGAGCACCUGAGUUCAGGUGCUCAGGAUCCGUAUGGAGUAAAUAUAGACAGGUAGAGAGAGCUCCAGAGACAUUUCAGCGCAGCUCGUAAGGUGUCUAAUAUUAGACAUGUGAACACACUCCAGAGAAGUAUUGCUCUGCGGUUUACCUCACGCGCAGUUUAGGUUGAGGGUAUACAUAAGAAUUUCUGCUUGGUUCCAGAGAAUGUCAGAAGGCCCUUUUUUGUCUCCCCUUGGACGUUAGAAAGAGCAGUGUUGGCAGUGGCACCGUGUCGGUCCUUCACAUGCCACGGUGGGAUGGGUUUGGGAUGGGGUGCUGCGCUGCACCCCUGGACCCUUGCCCAUGGUGCGUCCACCAGCAAGAGAGCCCCAUACCCAAACACGCCUGCCAAAAUCGGCAGUGCUUCUUCCGUUGCAGCUUAGUCAUUGGCUUUUAGAUUAUAUCUGAAUAUCUAAUUGGAUAGAAGAGGAAGAUGCAGGAAGCGUUACUGAUUGCAGGGGCAGAUUGAGGCUAUUCUUGCACUGCUGCAUUUGAGGAGGUUUCUGGGCCCCCUUUUCCAUCUAUGCAGGGAUUGCCAGGAGCUCCGCAACGUGCUUAGUGCCGGCACCGGGUGAGUGUUAGCCCUAGAGGUGCCCGUAGUCCUGGGAAGAAUUUGGGGGGCUCUGGAGUUGCAGGUGAUGGGCUGGCCCAAAGCAAGCACGCAGCGUCCCGAAGCAUCCACGGCGUCCCUACUUCGGCAGGGUGCUUGUGCCCACCCUUGUCGCACGCACGCAGUCAGUGCCAGCCCCCAUCGGGGCUUUGGGUCUCCCCGCGGUCUAGCCCAGAGGCCCCGCUCGGUGGGGCCAGGAGACCCGGGAAAAAGCAGCGGCCGGCUCCCG